AUGGGCCCAGCCUCCCUGCGGGACCUGGCCAUGAGCGAGUCCGGCCAGGAGGCGGAGGGCUACGGCUGCCUCCUGCAGGCGGGAUGCCAGCUGGAAAACACACUGCAGCAAGUGAGCGUUCCCGUGAGCAUGAAGGAGGUGGGAGGCUACAUCGAGAAGCAGGUUGCCUAUCUCUCAGGCGGGCGCGGGGAAGACUCCAGUGUCAUCAUCACGCUCCCGGAAAGCUCGGCCUUCAGGGAUAUUCCCGAGGAGGCCUUGGCUAAAGUAUUUACCUACCUCACGCUCAUCCCUCGAACAAGGCAACCAGGUGUGAAGUUUAUCAUCAUUUUAGACCGAAGACUGGACACUUGGGCUUCCAUCAAGACGGCGCUGGCACGAAUAGCAGCCUCCUUUCCGGGGAACCUCCACCUGGUCCUGGUGCUCCGCCCCACCAGCUUCUUCCACCGCACAGUCACGGACAUCGGCUUCCGCUUCAGCCAGGAGGACUUCAUGCUCAAGAUGCCAGUGGUGAUGCUGAGCUCCGUCACGGACCUGCUAAAGUACAUCAACGAGAACCAGCUGACAUCAGAGUUCGGGGGAACGCUCGACUACUGCCACAGCGACUGGAUCGUUUUAAGAACGGCCAUCGAAAGUUUUGCUGUCACGGUCAAAGACGUGGCGCACAUGCUGCAGGCUUUCGGUACCGAACUGGCUGAGGUGGCUGUGCCAGGACAGGGCGACGCCAUCCGGAAUCUUUUAGAGUCUCACAAUGAGAAAUACAGAAAGCUCAAGGAGGCCAUUGGAUCGUUAUCACAAGAGGGGCAACAUCUUCUCUCCAGCCUGGAGACCACCACCAGCAGCAGUACCGCUAGGGAUGACCAUGAGCCUCACUGGGACAUCCAGCUGGACUGGGAGACGGUUCAAAGGCUCUUGGGUCAACUAAGAGACAUGGAGUUGGCCUUUGACGGUUACUUUGAGAAGCACCGUCUCAAACUGCAGCAGUACCUGCAACUACUCGCAUAUGAGCAAAGCUUUCAUGAGAUGGAGUCUUGUCUAGCGCAUACGUGGUCUCAGCAAAGCCAACUUUCCUCCAGCGUCGACACACUGGAUCAGGCUGAGCAGGCUCUCAAACAACUCGACUCUUUGGAGUCAAUCGCUCAGGAGGCGAUAUCCAGCGCGCAGACUGUCAUCCUCCACGGGCACCAGCUAUCGGCAGGUCACCACUACGCCACUGCACUCAUCAUGCAACGCUGCAACGAGCUGCGGCAUCGCUGCGACACCCUCCACGCUGCGCUGGGGGAGCGACGCGGUCGGCUCCUGCGAGCGCAGCGACUGCUCGUGUCGCUCCAGCAGGCUCAGACCUGGUGUGACGAUGGAGCCUACCUGCUGGCUAAUCAGCUUGUAGAGAAGUUCCAGUCAAAGGAGGGCGCGCGAACUGCUUUGAAGGCCAUCGAGGGCUUCCUGGAAGGCUCGCCACCCGUGAUGACAUCAGGACCUGACAUUUUGGCUCUGGAGUAUGAAGACAUCAUGACGCCUCAGUUGCAGAUGAAGUUGAAUCAAACCUUUGAAAAGCACACGGCCGUGCAGCAGAUGAUCCAGAACCGGCAGGUGGGUCUGAGGAAGCUGGCUGACAAACACGUCCGACCAGUCCAGCUGGUGGCUCCCCGUGCUGAGAACCCACCUCGCUCCAAAUCGCCCAUCUUUUCCCCUAAGCACGCUGACGGCUUAAAAUUCACAUUUGAUCUCCCUCUGCCUGGAAAAAGGGCAUCACGAAAAGGCCCCAACGCUCGCAAAAUUGAGGUCAUCCACGACUACCAGGAGAACCGCAGCUGUGUUUCAUAUGGCGUGGAGGGAGAGGACAGCCCGCGUGUCCUCAAACGUCAUGUGAUGAGGGAGCUCAUCGAGACAGAAAGGAUCUACGUGGAAGAGCUGCUAUCGGUCCUUCUGGGCUACAAGGCAGAGAUGGACGACCCGCUGCUGGCGGCUCUGCUGCCGCCCGUCCUACGCGCCAAAAGAGCCGUCCUUUUCGGAAACAUGCCUGACAUCUACGACUUUCACAGCAGUGUGUUCCUCGGGGACCUAGAAGGAUGUCUGGAUGCUCCUGAAGGCGUGGGAGUUUGCUUUCUUGCAAGGAAGGAGAACUUCCAAAUGUACGAAUGCUACUGCCAGAAUAAACCGCGUUCCGAUGCUCUGUGGCGACAGUUUUCUGAUUGCGCCUUCUUUCAGGAGUGUCAGAAGAAGCUGGGCCACAAACUGGCUCUGGAUUCAUACCUGCUGAAACCCGUGCAACGCCUCACCAAGUAUCAACUGCUGCUCAAGGAGUUGCUGAAACACAGCACUGACUGCGAUGGAUCGUCUGAGCUGCAGGGGGCGCUAUCAGCCAUGCUGGACCUGCUCAAAUCUGUCAACGACUCAAUGCAUCAGAUCGCCAUCACUGGAUAUGAGGGGGACAUUUGUGAGCUGGGUCGCGUGUUGAUGCAAGGAUCAUUCAGCGUGUGGAUGAGCCAUAAGAGGGGCCCCACUCGCGUGAAGGAGCUGGCCCGCUUCAAGCCAAUGCAGCGCCACCUCUUCCUUUACGAGAGUGUGCUGCUCUUCUGCAAGAAGAGGGAAGAGCACGGAGACGGUGGCGACAAGACACCCUCCUACGCCUUCAAGAACCGCAUCAAGUUGACAGCUGUAGGGAUCACAGAGAACGUCCGAGGAGAUCCGAGAAAAUUUGAGAUCUGGUACAGCGGUAGAGGAGAGGUCUACGUGGUUCAGGCUCCGAACAUUGAGGUGAAGACGUCCUGGCUCAGCGAGCUGCGCCGAAUCUUGACCAACCAGCAGAAGUUGCUCCGAGAUGAAGUUCAUCAAAACGGACAACUGGUCGACCGAAUGCAUCUUUCUACACCACCUUGUGAGAGUAAGCAAGAGAGAGCGUCGGUGAGCUCGGAGGACACGGAGUCGGGAAGGGGCAGCCCAGAUGCCCGGCGGCGCGAUCCAAAACACCAGCUCAACCGCAGGAGCUGGCCUGGAGCUCACCAUCAUUCGGCGAACAUCUGUGAAGCUCUGGACGAAGCAAACACUCGGGAUGCUUUCCACCAGCUGGAAACACAACCCAAACUGUCUCAAGGCAGAUAUCGGGCAUUGGCAGACUUCCUACAAAACGGACCAGAAAGCUUCCUCAUCAAAAGUGGAGAUGUCAUCCAGUUGGUGUGUGAAGACAGAAAAGGCCGCUGGCUGGUGAAGAAUCUAAGUCGACACCAAGACGGCUUCGUCGCGUCCUCAAGUCUGCAAUUGGUCAUAAGAGGGAACGGUCCAGAUGGCUCCUGCAGACUCAGGGAAACAGGCAACGUAAGGGCCAGAAAGCUCAGCUCUCCAUAG